UGGAUGAUCGACGCUCCGCGCCAUGCCGCGCCCCGAGCCGGCGCGCUGGGCCAGCGAAGCAAAGGUUGGAGAAGAGGUGUUGGUGUUGUGCAGAUUCCCCCAAUUGGAGAAUUCGCAGUUCUUUGCCACCACGAGUAACUUUCAGAUCGAGGGCCUGGAGACUCCCACACCCAGCCUCUUGGUGGACGAAGCAUGGCGCUUCAAGGGGCGCCACAUGAGGCCCAUGACCACGAACUUGUUCUUUCACGACGAGGUGUCCAGCAGUGCCAGGGAGUUGGGUACUUCCCCUCAUGUCGUCCACUUCGACCUAGAUCGCGCCGGCUUGUCCAGUCGACCGGAACGGAUUCGGGCACCCAAGCACAAGCCUUUGCCCGAAGACCUAGAGGACGAUGAGGUCGAUAUGGCGGAGGUGGCAGAGGAGGAAGCAGAAGGCGUUGAAGACGCUGGCGCAGCGGAUCCAGACAGUGCUGCAGGUCCGAUUACGUCCCCGAAAGCCUCUCCGAAAGCCUCUCCGAGAGCCUCUCCGAGAGCCUCUCCGAAAUUGUCGCCAAAAGUGUCGCCGAAGUUGUCGCCAAAGAUGGCGCCCAAGGAUGAGUUCUUGCGCGUCAGAAAGAAACGUCAACCACGCAGGAGGGUUAUUGCCUCGUCUCAUUCGAAGUGAAA